AUGGCAGUGCCGGUCGUAGAGACCAAUAACAUACUCAGUCAUCCAGAAGGCGGCUGCCCGCUGCAAGUUGGAGAAGGCACCUACGAACUCAAGGACGACCUGCACCUAGCAACCCCUCCUCCACACCCAUCUGAAGCUCCAAUCAUAAAUCCAAAUCCUCUUGCGACUGUUCCAACACCUCCGACAUCCGGCGUCAAGGUUUCACUAGUUUGUGUCAGUCCUCGAAGCAGGACUCCCUCUUUCAUCUCAAAGCAGAUCGUAACAGCGCCCCCUUUUGGAGAUGGAAACCCGGCACUGGUACCUGCUCCUGUCAAGGACGGGUUGAAAAGGCGGAAGCCCAAGAACAACAUUAUCAAGAGCAGUUCGUCCUUCGUAUCACGGGUCAUCACUCAUGAAGUGGCCACAAAGCGGUUGAGUGAGCGGAGUCCGGAAGGCCUCUUUGCUUUCGCCAAUAUCAACCGCGCCUUCCAAUGGCUUGAUCUCAGUUCGAAGCAGAAGGAAGACCCGCUUGCAAAGAUUCUCUUCACAAAGGCGCACAUGUUGUGUCACGAUAUCAAUGAGGUCACCAAAAGCCCUUCUCAUAUCGACGUGGUUAUGGGUUCCUCUGCUGGUGACAUCAUCUGGUACGAGCCUAUUUCUCAAAAGUACGCCCGAAUAAAUAAGAAUGGAGUCGUCUGCAAUUCUCCGGUCACUCAUAUUAAAUGGAUUCCUGGGUCGGAAAAUCUGUUUAUGGCUUCUCAUGCAAACGGACAAUUAGUAGUCUAUGAUAAAGAGAAGGAAGAUGCUCUUUUCACCCCUGAAAUCCAGGAUCAGUCAGCGGAGGCAGUCAAGGCAUCAAGUACACAGCCGCUGCAGGUGUUAAAGUCCGUCAACUCCAGGAACCAAAAGACUAACCCUGUCGCUCUUUGGAAACUUGCAAACCAAAGAAUAUCCCACUUUGCAUUCUCCCCAGACCAAAGGCAUUUGGCAGUUGUCUUGGAGGAUGGCUCUCUACGAGUGAUGGACUACUUGAAAGAAGAUUACUAUGGUGGACUCAUCUGCGUCUGCUGGUCGCCUGAUGGCAAAUACAUUGUCACCGGCGGACAGGAUGAUUUAGUGACUAUUUGGUCCUUCCCGGAGCGCAAAAUCGUAGCUCGUUGUCAGGGUCACAACUCUUGGGUUUCCGCGGUCGCCUUCGAUCCGUGGCAAUGCGACGAACGGACCUACAGAUUUGGUAGUGUCGGUGACGACUGCAGGCUUCUUCUGUGGGACUUCAGCGUUGGCAUGCUGCACCGACCGAAGGUGCAUCAAACCAGCGCCCGUCAGCGAACAAGCAUGGUCGCUGGCAGUUCACAAUAUGGCAAUCGUCACCGAGCUGACAGUGUGGGCAACAGGAUGAGGUCAGAUUCUCAGAGGACAGCAAACACCUAUGAGAGUUGCGACCAAGCUGUCCGUCACCCUGUAGAACCCAGAGCACGCACGGCCUUGCUGCCGCCUAUCAUGUCCAAGGUCGUUGGCACGGACCCUAUCUGCUGGCUGGGAUUCCAAGAAGAUUGUAUUAUGACCUCUUCCCUUGAAGGAGACAGCCGCUAA